GCCGCUCUCUCUCUCUCUCUCUCUGCGUGCUAAAGUGUACGUAAUCUUAUAGCAAAUAGGUGUUUCCCUAUUUAAUUUAUGCAGCCAAGGCGUUCCGUUCUUUGACCUAUUAGAAACUCCCUCAGCACUCAGAGAACUUGGAAACUCCCCUCAUUUAUGGCCAAGGUGUCUGGUUUUUGUCUAAGCAAAAGGGCGGACCACUUAGUGCUCAUCGCUGUCUGAUACGGAAGAUCCCUGGCGCCAAAAAGUCUCUUCCCCCAAUCGGAAUGUAAAUUUUAUUGCCUUGUGUGCCAGCGGGGGAGGAAAAGGGCCCUGCUUGUCUGAUGCCUGCUUUUCAGCUCCCACAUGCUCAGAAGAAACCUGUUCCAAAUAAGAGUAUUGAAUAUAACUGUUACACAUGUCGUAGAUUAACUGUAUUAAGCACUAAAAUUAAUCAUUUUCCUUAACACUACCAAUAACUAUGUUCUUCUCCCGAACAAACACACCUGCACCGCGGGCUAUAGGAGACAACAACGCGACAGAGCGGAGUCAGAAGAGCAGUGAAAUGCAGUGAACCCGGUCGGUCCGAGGGCAUGGCGGUGCAGAUAGAAGUCAUGGAGGAGGAGGAGGAGGAGGAGGAGGAGGAGGAGGAGGAGGAGGAAGACGUUUCAGCAAAGUAACCUGCUGCUGAUCUGAGUUCAGGUGUUUCUGAACCAGACAGGAAGCUCCACCUGAUCAUCCAGCCAAUCAGAGAUUGGUUUCCAUGGUGACCUGACCUAUGACCUCCCCGGCUGGGCGUUGGUUCUAUGCCAGCUGGGAGCUGAACCAGGAUCAGCCGCUAAAUUUACCUCAGAUUACCAGCAGAGCCGUUGCUGAGAGGACCGUCAGACCGCAGACAACAACAUGUCCCUUAGCAACACCGCCGGACCUGGACCCGGAACCGGACCCGCCUGGAAGAAUCACAGCUUUAGCACAGGGGGGGGCAGGGACCCCCCUCUAUCUGACCAGGGAGAGACUAUCAUCGGGGUCUACCUCCUGCUGCUGGGUUGGAUGUCCUGGUUUGGGAACAGCAUCGUCCUCUUUGUCCUCCUCAGACAGAGAGCGUCUCUGCAGCCCACUGACUACCUGACCUUUAACCUCGCCGUCUCCGAUGCCAGCAUCUCCGUGUUUGGCUACUCCAGAGGCAUCAUUGAGAUCUUCAACGUCUUCCAGGACAGCAGCCACCUUGUCUCCUCCGUCUGGACCUGCCAGGUGGACGGGUUCUUCACGCUGGUGUUUGGUCUCAGCAGCAUCUACACCCUGACGGUGAUCAGCUUCACCCGUUACAUUAAAGGGUGCCACUCCACCAGAGCUCAUCGCAUCACCAGGAGCUCUGUCUUCGUCUCUCUGCUCUGCAUCUGGGUCACGGCUGUGUUCUGGUCUGCAGCGCCGCUCUUAGGCUGGGGCAGCUACACAGAUCGGGGGUACGGUACUUGUGAGAUCGACUGGUCCAAAGCCAGCUACUCUGCCGUCUACCGGUCUUACAUCAUCUCCAUCUUCGUCUUCUGCUUCUUCGUGCCGGUCCUCAUCAUGCUCUUCUGCUACGUGUCCAUCAUCAACACGGUGAAGAGGGGCAACGCCCUUUCUGCCAACGGAGACCUGACCGACCGGCAGAGGAAGAUCGAGAGAGAUGUCACCAUCGUCUCCAUAGUGAUCUGCACGGCCUUCAUCCUGGCCUGGUCUCCCUAUGCAGUGGUCUCCAUGUGGUCCGCCUGCGGUUUCCAUGUACCCAACCUGACCAGCAUCUUCACUCGCCUCUUUGCCAAGUCCGCCAGCUUCUACAACCCCCUGAUCUACUUUGGCCUCAGCUCCAAGUUCCGUAAAGACGUGGCCAUCUUGCUUCCCUGCACCCAGAACGCCAAAGAUGCCGUCAGGCUGAAGCGCUUCAGACCAAAGGCAGAAGGUCACGGCCGCCGUGCUGCAGGAGGAGCCAGACUCAAAGGUCCCCUGAACCGCUCUGAAAAGAAGUACUCCCCGAUGAACCAGAGCCCUCAGGCUGCCACCCCGGGCAGUGGCAAGGAGACGCCACCGCCUGGCACCGCACCAGCUGACGCCAAGGAAGUGUUUUUCAUCAACAUGGCCGCUGCGCACGAGGCCAGCUCUGAGUUUGAGUGUGUCAGACUCUGACCAAGCCACCUGAACUCUGAUGCUGCAACUCUGUCUGACCUUAACCGACCAUGAUCCAGGAACAUUUCCAUCCUCUGGGCCUUCAAAACAGAAGAACCAGGUUGCUUUGACCUUUAACCCCAUCUAGAGAAACUCUUGUAAAAGUACCAAAUAAAUUGAAGAGGUCAGGUAAAGAUUUAUCUCUAGAGUCUCAGAUUCAGGUUCUCUGACCUUUAGACUGAGUUUUAUUGAGAAGCUUUUGAUAAUCAAAUGAUGAUUCGAUUCCCUGCUGAGGGAAGUGACCAGCUGCACUUAAAGGGCCGGUAUCGUGUAAAAUUGUACCUUUCCAGCAUGUUAGAAUCAAACCUGGAGUGUUCCCUUGAUUCGUUCAUGUUUGAGAAAUCCCUUCCUUCAGCUGUGCAAAACACCAAGGUGGACCUAGCUCCGCCUUCAAGGCGCAGCUCCUCUCCAGAGCUGCGGCUCCUUCAGACUAGCCAGCAGCAAUUAGUAAAUAUCUGCUGAGUUUAUUGCAGGAGCUGCUGCUUAGAGCAACGCUGGUAAAAAAUGUUAAACGUUGAGGAGAGAAAGAGCAGGAAUUGUUAAACAGACAGAGGCCCAAUUUCAAGGUGCUAAAUUAUAAAAUCAAAUUUCUCUCAAGUCAUUUGGGAUCAAUGCAACAUUUUUAUACCAACUGAAGGGAACAACAACUGCAUUAGGCAACAAAUGGCACCAUGUGGCUGGAAAACACAGAAUACUGGCCCUUUAAAUGUCUUUUCUGUCUGGUUAGAUCAGUUUUCCUCCUCUGAAAUUUGGGGUACCCCAAGGUUCCCUUUUGGGACCCAAGCCCUUCUUAUGCUUCCUCUGGGGCCCAUCUAUAGAAAACACAAUCCGUCAUUUCACUGUCAGGUUCUGCUGCUUCCUGUUUCAUUGGGUUUUAAUUCUUUUAUUUCACUGCUUUUGCCUGUUCUUGUGUAACAGGGCUAUAAAAUAAAGAUUGAUUGAACGUA